CCACUUGGCCUUCCGAGUCUUUUCCCAACGCCUUCGCCUGGCAUGGCUUCUAACAGGCAGUCGACGCUGAUGCACCAGCGACUCGAGGCCGUCACCGACCUCGCGAAGCUACCAAAUGUGUCCGACGAUGUCAUCGUUUCCUGUCUCAGGGAGCGGUUCAUGUCCGACAUCAUCUACACCAAUCUAGGCACUUCGUCACUCGUGGCCGUCAACCCGCACAAGUAUGUUCCCAGCAACGCCGACUCAGUCAUGCACAAGUACGCGGCGGAACAUAGGAAUACGGUCGAGGACAAGGAGUUAUUGCCACCGCAUAUUUUUCAGCUGGCGAAUAAUGCGUAUUACCACAUGAGGCGGACGACGCAGGAUCAGUGCAUAGUCUUGAGUGGCGAGACUGGCAGUGGCAAGUCCGAAAACCGCCGACUCGCCAUCAAAACGCUGCUCGAGCUCAGUGUCAGCAACCCAGGCAAAAAGGGCUCUAAACUCGCCAGCCAAGUCCCUGCCGCCGAGUUCGUCCUCGAGUCCUUCGGUAACGCUCGCACGCUCUUCAACGCCAAUGCUUCCCGGUUCGGCAAGUACACUGAGCUCCAGUUCACCGAUCGCGGUCGCCUCUGCGGCAUCAAGACACUCGACUACUACCUCGAGCGGAGUCGGGUCGCGGGCGCCCCGUCCGGCGAGCGCAAUUUCCAUAUAUUCUACUAUUUGGUCGCCGGCGCUUCUCCUGAGGAGCGACAACAUAUGCACCUUCUUGACAAGACAACUUACCGUUACCUUGGCCAACGUAACCCGGCUCCUAUCCGUCAGAACCCCGACGAGGAUGCACUCCGGUUCGACCAGCUCAAGCUCGCUCUGAAGAACGUUGGAUUCUCCAAGCGGCAUGUGGCGCAGACUUGUCAGCUCAUCGCCGCCAUCCUUCACCUCGGCAACCUCGAGUUCACCAUCGAUCGCGCUCGUAACGAAGAUGCUGCCGUCGUCAGGAAUACUGACAUCCUCGCCCUCGUCGCCGAGUUCCUGGGUGUCACGACUUCGGCUCUCGAGACAACGUUGUCGUACAAAACGAAGAUGGUGAAGAAGGAACUCUGCACCGUGUUCCUCGACCCGGAUGGCGCCUCCGACAAUCGUGACGACCUAGCGAAGAACCUCUACUCGCUCCUCUUCCAGUGGCUGAACGAGCACAUGAACCAGCGUCUCUUCAAGGACGACUACGUCACCUUCAUCGGUCUCUUCGACCUUCCCGGCCCACAGAACAUGACCAGCCGGCCCAACUCGCUCGAUCAGUUCUGUAUCAACUUCGCCAACGAGCGUCUGCAUAAUUUCAUCCAGAAACGGAUGUUCGAGGCUCACCGUGCGGAGUACCAGAGCGAGGGCAUCGCACAAUACGUUCCGGAGGUCCCUUACUUCGAUAACUCGGAGUGCCUUCGCCUUCUUCAGAACAAGCCGGGAGGUUUGAUCCACAUCAUGGACGAUCAGGCGAGAAGGUCUGCGAAGAAGACGGACCAUACGAUGGUGGAGGCGUUCUCUAAGCGCUGGGGCCAGCAUUCCUCGUUCAAGGUCGGGAGCGUCGACCGUCAGGGGUUCCCUACGUUCACCGUCAACCACUUCAACGGUCCUGUCACGUACUCUUCCGAUGGUUUCCUGGAGAAGAACGCGCAUUCGCUCAACCCAGACUUCGUCUCACUUCUCCGUGGUAUGAACCAUCACGAAGGCGGAGAGGGCUCUGGAUCUGUCAACCCAUUUAUUCGUGGGCUGUACAACAGCUCCGCCAUCGCGACGCAGAACCAUCCACGGAACGAGGAUACCAUCGUCGCAGCUGCACAGCCCGUCAAGCCGAUGCGUGCUCCCUCCACUCGUCGCAAGGGCGGAACCAUCUCCCGCCGUCAAGGCGCCCUCGGCGAUAUCGAGGAGAAAGGAGGUGACGACGAUGCCGAAGGCGCCUCUUCCAGCGCAUCCAACACCUGCGUCGCGGGCACGUUCCGCUCCGCCCUCGAUACGCUGUUCGAGACGCUCGAGGAGACACAGACGUGGUACGUGUUCUGCAUCAACCCGAACGACUCGCAGUUGCCGAACCAGAUCGAGGGUCGGGCGGUGAAGGGGCAGACCAGGAGUAUGGGCCUGACAGAGAUCUCGAGGAGGUGUGUGAACGUGUUCGAGGUCGGAAUGACGCCGAGGGAGUUCUGCGAUCGGUAUAGGGAGCAGAUUGCGGCAGUGGGGAUUUCGGAGGGCGAGACGAGAGAGCAAGUCGAGCAGAUGAGGACGGCAUUGGAUCUGGCGGGUAAUGAUUUGGUUCUUGGGCAGUACAAGGUCUUCCUGUCCCAACGCGCGUUCCACAAGCUCGAGGACUACCUUCGCGCCAAGGACGUUGAUGAGCAGAAACGUAACCGCAUGCGUGAAGCAGAAAUCGACGCCGGUCUCGACCCUAGAGGCGCCAGCAACGACGUCUACGCUCCGUACCGCAACCCAGAUGCAGCGGAGUUCGAUACACCGCAGGUUGGACGUGACGUGCCAUAUGGUGAUCCUUUCAAUCAGUCCACCGGUGCUCUUCCUCUCGUAUCCAACGCUUCCCCGUUCCAGCGUGCCGAAAUGUACGACGAUUACGACGACCGUGGUUCUGUGCGGAGCGACGACUUCGAUGCUAAUAGUCGUCUGACAAGCCACCGUGACGAGACGAUGUCUAUCGGUACCGAGUCGUACGCGCCAUCUCGCAACAUGUUCCAGAACGCGGAUAAGAAGGCUUUGCUGGAGAAAGAGGCGCUGCCAGGCGAGGUCCAGGAGGGUGAGACGACGGAGGUGAUCAAAGAAACAUCGGCCAGGAGGAGAUGGGUCGCUCUCUGCUGGAUGCUGACCUUCUGGGUUCCGACCCCCUUCCUGAGAUGGUUCGGUCGGAUGAAGCGUCUGGACGUGCAGCAGGCCUGGAGAGAGAAGCUCGCUCUCAACAUUCUCAUCUGGUUCAUUUGCGGUUGUGCAGUCUUCGUCAUCGCCGUCCUCGGUAACUUGAUCUGUCCGACGGAGCACGUCUUUAACACGAGCGAGUUGUCAUCACAUUCGUACACGAACGACCCGGAUAGUGUGUAUACGUCUAUUCGGGGAGAGGUGUUCGACCUUACGGGCGUUGCGGCGACGCAUUUGAGGAUUAUCCCUGUGGUCACUACGACGACGAUUCUCAAGACCUAUGGCGGGACCUCGUCGGACGAUAUCUUCCCGGUCCAGGUCAGCGCACUGUGCAAUGGUAUCGACGGCUCGGUCAACCCCUACGUCGCUCUCCAAUUCAGCAACAAUACAGACACGAAUGCUCAAUACCACGACUUCCGAGUGUCCUCGAACGACUCUCGUCCUGAUUGGUAUUUCGAGAGCAUGACCGUUAUGCGGUGGAACAACCGUGUCGGCUUCGUCGGAUACACGCCGAAGGAAUUGAAGAGCAAGGCAGCCGCUGGUAGCUCCCUCGGUAUCUACAAUGGGCUCGUAUACGACCUUACCGACUACAUCGCCUUCCCUCCCAUCGUCAAGACUCCGACUGGUACCUCGGCACCAUCCGGUAUCACCACGCAAUUCAUGGACUCGACCGUCCUCGACCUGUUCAAGUUCAACUCGGGCGAGGACAUCACGAAGAAGCUCGAUAACCUGGAUAUUGACAGUGACACCCUCGCGCGCCAGAAGGUCUGCCUUCGUAAUCUGUUCACUAUCGGAAAGGUCGACAACCGUAACUCCGCCGCUUGCUUGUUCGCGACGUACAUCCUUCUCGCGCUUUCGAUCAUCAUGGUCAGCGUCAUCGGUUUCAAGUUCAUUGCCGCUAUCAACCUCUCGGGCUCCCGUGCGCCUGAGGAUCACGACAAGUUCGUCAUCUGUCAAGUGCCGUGUUAUACCGAAGGCGAGCAGUCUCUCAGGCGGACGAUCGACUCGCUGGCUCAGCUCAAGUACGACGAUAAGCGCAAGCUCUUGCUCGUCAUUUGCGACGGUAUGAUUGUCGGUUCAGGAAACGACAAGCCCACGCCUAGGAUCGUACUCGAUAUCUUGGGCUCUGAUCCGAACAUCGAUCCCGAGCCGUUGAGUUUCCUUUCCCUCGGUGAGGGAGCGAAACAGCACAACAUGGGCAAGGUUUACUCGGGAUUGUAUGAGACACAGGGACAUGUCGUUCCGUACUUGGUGCUCGUCAAGGUUGGCAAGCCUUCGGAGAGGUCAAGGCCUGGUAACCGUGGAAAACGUGAUUCGCAGAUGAUGGUCAUGCAUUUCUUGAACAAGGUUCAUUUCAAUUCUCCUAUGAACCCACUCGAGUUAGAGAUGUACCACCAGAUCAAGAACGUCAUUGGUGUCAACCCGACGUUCUACGAAUAUCUCUUCACCGUUGAUGCCGAUACGACUGUCGAGCCAUACUCUGUCAAUCGCUUGAUCUCUGCGAUGAUCCACGAUAAGAAACGACUGGCUGUUUGCGGAGAGACCUCCUUGUCCAAUUCGAAGCAGUCUCUCAUCACUAUGAUGCAGGUCUACGAGUACUUCAUCUCCCAUCAUCUGGCCAAGGCCUUCGAGAGUCUUUUCGGAUCCGUCACCUGUCUUCCCGGUUGUUUCUCCCUCUACCGCCUUCGCACACCAGACACGCACAAGCCGCUUAUCAUCUCCAACCAGGUCAUCCAAGACUACUCCGAGAACCGAGUCGACACGCUCCACAUGAAAAACCUGCUCCAUCUCGGUGAAGAUCGAUACCUGACCACGCUUUUGCUGAAGCACUUCCCUAUGUUCAAAACUCAAUUCGUCCGUGAUGCCCAGGCGUACACCGUGGCUCCCGACGAUUGGCAGGUCUUGCUCUCGCAGCGUCGGCGUUGGAUCAACUCGACCGUGCACAACCUCGGAGAACUCAUCUUCCUCGACAGGCUUUGUGGUUUCUGUUGUUUCUCCAUGCGAUUCGUGGUCAUGAUUGAUCUACUAUCAACAAUCGUAGCUCCGGUGACGGUUGGCUACAUCGUCUAUCUCAUCUAUCUCGUCGCGGGCGAAGGCAAAAGUAUCCCCACCUUGUCGUUGAUCAUGAUCGCCGCCAUCUACGGUCUUCAAGCGGGGGUGUUCAUUCUUCGCAGAAAGUGGGACAUGAUCGGGUGGAUGGUCUUCUACAUCCUUGCCAUCCCAGCCUUCUCGUUCUUCCUUCCACUGUAUUCGUUCUGGAAGAUGGACGACUUCUCUUGGGGUGCCACUCGUCUCGUCUUGGGAGAGUCUGGCAAGAAACUCAUCGUUCACGACGAGGGCAAGUUCGAUCCACGUUCUAUUCCUCUCAAAUCAUGGAACGACUACGAAAAUGAGCUAUGGGACAAGGAAUCGAACCAUAGCAUCGGAUCCUGGGCACCACCCAACAAGCUCAAGAACGACGGAUAUGCGGAGUCGCGCACGUCUGUCUACGGACGCGAGACAGUCUACGAUGCUGGAUAUGCUCAACGGACUUUCUCCCCGUCGCCGUCUCAGCAUGGCGGCAUGGGCUUUGGUGCACCCCCGGGAUAUCAGUCCGGUCGCAACACUCCUCUCGGUGGCUACGGCUACGGUGCUCCUCAGAUGCCCCAUGCACGCACAACAAGUAUGGCGAUGAGCGAUUCCGGUCCUCUGUAUCAACCCGCACCUUCGAGGCCUACCACGAAUUACCUCGACAUGCCCAUUGUAUCGUCGCAGUCGCCUGUCCAGCUCGGAGACUUUGGCCUGGGCCCUUCGGAUGCCGAUAUCGAGUUGGCAGUAGACGAUAUCCUGCGCGAUGCGGACUUGAACACUGUGACGAAGAGGGAGAUUCGACGUAGGUUGGAGGAGCAGUUCCAGACGGAUUUGUCUUCGCGGAAGUCGACCGUAAAUGCAGCGAUCGACAGGGCGUUGAUGACCAAGAGUGCCAUGCAGUAGUUCUGGCGUAAUGUUACGUGUAUCUAUGAGACUUUUUUCUUCUUUCGCUCUCUGUCCGUACGCCCGUGUCUAUCUCUAUGUUUGUGUCGCUCUGGUGUGGAUGGACUUCGCAUUGCUGCUGUCGGACUUCGCGAACUUCGGACCUCUUUUCUUCUUUCAUCUUCCUGGCAUCUCGGAAUCAUCUCCACCCAACCCUCAACUCCUUACGAACGCCAUAACGUCGGCCUCCCUUCAUUGCGCUCCCCUUCGUUCGUCUCUUAGUUUAUAGCCUGUAGUCCUUCAGACGGAUUCUCGUAAUACCCCCCAUACGCUCUUAUACACCACGUACUCUUAGCUCUGACCGACAUCUUCGUAUAUGGACUUCGCAUCGC